GAACUACUGAUUCAUGGAACCGUAAAGAGGACAGUAUUUACCAGUUAUAAAAAUAUAGAGUCGUAGUUCGGACGUUUGUUUGUGAUAUUGUAAACAAAAUAGUUCCUUUGGAUUCGCGGUUCCAGGUUACAGUCCCUGUGACAUGCCCCUUCCGUCCUGCAUUGCCGUACCGAUGGCUCCCAUCUCCGCCUCUGCAACCGCACAACAAACAAGUAACAAGUAAUGUAACAAUGCCUUGGACAAGGCCAGCAAGCGUACCUUUAGGACAAGUAUGGCUCAGAUUCCAAGGGAAGCAGCGGGACGGGACACCAGGACAAAAGUAUCAAGUCAGAGAUAUGGAUGUCAAAUACAGACAGCAGUGUCUUGACCUGAUGAUGGAGGCGUUUAUCAAAGACGAACCGCUCUGUCACGUCUUAAACAUCCAGUCGGACCCAGAAGCCCUGGCCUCAAUAAAAGAAGACUGGGAGGAGUGCUUAGCUCAGGGAGUGAGUCUCGCCUGCUUCACGGAGGUAGACGACCAGCCAGCAGACCUGGUGGGCUUCAACGUCAUCGUCGUCAGGAGCAAGGGAGACGUCGACCAUGAUUUGGAUAAGUUCAAAGGCGUGUCCAAGCAGCUGUUCGCAGUCCUCAUGAAGGCAGAGAGCCUGGUGGACGUGUACCAACAUUAUGGAGUCGAUGCUUAUCUGUCUUCCAGCGGGCUGACCGUCCGUCCGGAGUAUCGGGGACAGAAUAUUGGCGCCCGUCUUAUGGAAGCUAGGAAACCCCUCUGCAAAGCCCUAGGCCUGAAUGUCGUAGUAACAGUCUUCACAGCGAAGACAUCCCAAGUAUUAGCUGCCAAAUGCGGGUUUGAGCUGCUGGCCUGCCUACCCUACAAGGACAUGAAGCAAUAUGGAGUGGACCUGACGGGCUGUGCCACGGACUGUGCUGAAGUCAGGGGGAUAAAGUUGAAUUUUGAAUGAAUAUAACAUUGAUCAUGGUAUAAGACCAGGUAUGCUCAAAACUGACAGCUAACAUUUCAAGGUUAGCCCAGCUGACGUCAUCCGACGCUGCGUGGCCAUUUUGUAAAAAAAUUAAAUUAAAAAAACCCGCGAUCAAAAAAAGUACUCAAUUAUUAUGACAAAAGGUUAGAAAUGCUAAACUCUAUAAAAAGCAAAAAUAACUUAUCCCACAUAAUUAAAAAAUGUAAGCAAACUGAGCGUGUAACAUUCCUAUCACACUUAACAAACGACCUGAUGACCUUGAAGACCUGAACCGAUUUCCACCGAACAUAGCUAAGAACACUCUCGACUGAUAUACCAGUCAAACAAAAAAACCGCAUUAAAAUCGGAUCAUCCGUUUGGGAGCUACGAUGCCACAGACAGACACAUAAACAUUUACACAGACACGUUAAAACUUAUAACACCCCGUCGUUUUUGCGUCGGGGGUUAAAAAUAAAUUACCCACGUCCAAUGUUUUUAAUUUAAUUUGCAAGGACAUUUUGAACUUUUAGUAAAUUAUUUACUUACAGUUUUAAUGUUUUUAUAUAUUAUGUGACAAGUAAUAGUACAUACUUAAAUACAUUAGUCAGAAAUUCGAGGAGGUCGGUGGCACAGGAGGAGCUCGGUGGCGCAGCGGUAAAACGCGCUCGGCCUGCGAUUGUUGAAGUUAAGCAACUUUCGCAAAGGCCGGUCAUAGGAUGGGUGACCACAAAAAAAAAGUUUUCAUCUCGAGCUCCUCCGUGCUUCGGAAGGCACGUUAAGCCGUUGGUCCCCGCUGCAGUAGCAGUCGUUAAUAACCAUCAAUCCGCACUGGGCCCGCGUGGUGGUUUAAGGCCCGAUCUCCCUAUCCAUCUAUAGGGAAGGCCCGUGCCCCAGCAGUGGGGACGUUAAUGGGCUGAUGAUGAUGAUGAUGAGUCAGAAAUUCACUUAAUUUUCAAUAAUAAAAUUUACGUCCUUAGAAUGUUGGAGAUACCAAUUUUUGAGCAUAUCUGCAGGCUUAGCACCGUCAGCACGCGACUCUUUCUCGCCGCGACAGAGAUCGUCUGUCUCUUUCUGUGCAGUACUGUGAGAGAGUGACGGGUGACGUAUGUCGAGGCGAGAAAGAGUCGCGCGCUUACGGUGCUAAGCCCGCUAGUUUUCUUAUAAGUACCAUGGUUGGUUAUUAGAAGGCGAUGAAAGUUAUUUGUAAAAAGUAAAUGAGUCUUCCUUGAAACUGCUCAAAUGUUAAACAAAUAGAAUUUUAUUAUUGUUUAUAAUUAUUUUACAUUGUAGUUUGAAAGUUUUGAAUCUUGCUACCUGAAGGUAUUAUAUAAAAAUAGUUGUUGCCAAUUAAUUCAAAAAUAUCUUUAUUCAUUAGGUAAUAUAGUUACAUUUUGAAUCGUCAAUUUUACAUAAUGAACGUCUCAUCCGCCUAAAACUACUGCAGCUUCUCACAACCUGUAUAGCCGGGGAAAAGAAGCUGCAAGAAAAAGCCUCGGCACAGGGCCCUUAGAAGUUCUUUAAAAAAAUAAAUAAGCAAUACAAGAGAGCCGUGAUAGCCCAGUUGGUAGAACGCUUGCCUCUCACUUUGAGGUCGCAGGUUCGAAUCCAGCACAGGCCUAAACCAAUGUCGAAUUUGUUUUCGAUUUCAUGUUUGGGUCGUAAAUUAUUAUCACGUGCUCAGCGGUGAAGGAAAACAUCGUGAGGAAACUCACAUUCCCGAGAAAUGCAUUUUCAGAGGUAUGUGACCUAACCUGUAUUGGCUGGUAAAUGUCAAAUAGCAAUAUUGCUUUUCUAGGUGAAUUGCUUUGACGUCGCCAUUUUAAGCCCCUGAUGUAAGUAAGUAGUCGUUACAUAAGCCAUGUCAGGGGCGUCUGGCGGCUCAAUAAUAACCCUGAUACCAGGGUUGAUGAGGUUGGUUACCUCACAACCCACACGAUAGAGGAAGUGAAAAACUUACGUGUUAGGUAGGGUUGUCAAACAAAAAUAAAGUGUGGUAUAUAUACAGUUGUGUAAAUAUUAAUUUAUUUAUCAAAUCUUACAACCUAAGUCUUUUACAAAUGUGUAUAUAAAUUAAAUACAUAUCUAUCAAAUAUAAAUGCUAUCAAAAUCACUAAUAUUUGCGCUGCAGCCAGUGGUGCGCCGUUUCUGGGUACAUUCCCAGAAGUAAAAAGUAGUGAUGUGCCGGAUCGUUAAAAAUGUAUAUCCGCGGAUACGGAUCUGAAUACGGAUAUUUAGUGUAAAGAUCCGCGGAUACGGAUCUAUAUUUUCUUUAAAAAAAAAUUAAAGUUUUAGUUAUUUCAUUGUUAUAAAAGUGAUAUUUUAUCUUGCUUUCAUUAUAAAUAUCUAUCUAUCUAAAUGUUUGCAAUAUAAAGGUGCCAAAUAUUUGAUUUUAUGAAAUAAAAACAAUCUGAAUGGAA